GUGAGAUAACAGACGCCCCGCCCCCUCUCGUGUGUACGUGCGGGCCGGCAAGCGGCGAUGGCGGAAAGGGUCACGUGUUUCCUAUCUGAGCUCCGAUAGUCAACAAUAACCGUCCGAAUACGAGGCCAUGAGGAUGCCGCAGGCCGAGGCGGCUGCAGUGGCUGGGCUGAAGCAAUGCCGGCUGGCCCAGGAUCAGCUGGAGGACGCCGUCAAUGGUGUGAUGAAGGCCGAGCAGCAGCUGAGGGAGAACUCCAGAGAGGUGCGGUUGGAGCUUCAGAGCAGUGUGAGUCGUCAGCAGGAGGCUCUUCGCUGUCGGGAGGUUUGGCUGCUGGGUCAGAUCGAGCUGCUGGAACAAGUCAAGACUGAGACUUUGCAGCAGCAGCUGCACCGGCUGCACUGGCUCAGAGGACAGUUUGAUGUGAUCGUCCAUCAGCUGCAGAGCUCCAACAGCAGCAACGACCUGAACAACCAGCUGACCAGCUGCCUGGAGAAGUUGUCCUCUCUGAGUCUGACACCUGAGGAAACCCCUGAGAUGAGUUUCCAUGCCGACGCUCGCUCACUGAGGCAGGCCAUCACUUCCUUCGGCCGCAUCACUGCUCAGUUGGUGGAGGGAGUGUCCUCUCAGAGCUGUCCCAUCGCCGCCAAGAAACAGAAGAUGGAGUCCGGAUCUCUGAGCGACUGGCUGAUGGGAGCUCUUCCAUCAAGCAAAGCUCCUAUUGGUUACCAGUCCAGCAAGAACCCUCAGGAUUGGCUAAUGGAGGAGAGCAAGACUUCCUGUCCCGUCCUGGCCUCUGUGGACUCCCUGCAGGCCUGGGGUCACAUCAGGGACCUGGAGGCGUGGCUCCUCCGAGACCACACUCACGCCAGCAGGAAGCGGACCAGCAGCAGCUGCAGCUCCUCCUUCUCCAUCGAGAAGAUUGAUGAAUCAGAGUUUACCGUCAGUCCUGAGGAGGAGGAGGAGGAGGAGCUCAGCGACUGGCUCAUCACCCCGCCCACUGUUGCCGCGGAGACCACGUCCGACGCAGAGCGGUGGAAACGUGUGUUGAAGCCGUUUGACGACGGCUGGUCUUCAAGCGACUGGCUGAUGGGGCCAACCCGCCCCCCCGCUGACUGCUCUUCGUGCUGCCAGACCACCAAGGCCUUGGAGAUAGAGAACCUGGGCCAGCUUAAGUGCCUGAAGACCCCGCCCACCUCACCCGCAGCCCCCGAGACACCGGCCCUGGAGGCGUGGCUUCAGCAGGUGGUGCCGCUGCAGCAGACCUGCAGGGCCAAUGAGGUCUGCUCCUCCUUCUCCGAUUGUGUCUGUGAGGAGAACUGUGGGAGAGAAGCUCUGAGCCUCUGGCUGCUUAAACAAGAUGGCAGAGACAAGAACGGGGUCCCUGUAACCCCGCCCACUGUCUCAAAGAACGCCCCGCCCACCCUGCAUCACAGAGAGCAGGAACAGAAGGUUCAGGCCAUCCUGGAGGCUUGGCUCCACCCCACCAACCCCCCCCUGUCUGCCUGGGUUGCUCCUGAGGAGGAGAAGGCCAGCAGGGAGGACCAGAGCUCGCGGUUCUCGUCUCCUUUCCUUUGCCCUCUGGAUCCAGGUCUCUGGGUGAUCCCGGGGUCAGGAGAUCAGACCCAACCGGCGGCAGAAGACAAGUGGCUGCAAAAGAAGAGGACUCAGGCUCAGGAGCGCCUGGCGCUGCCCUCCGUCUGUGACCUGUUCUCCUGCAUGAAAGUGGGCGGGGACAAAGAGAAGUGGCUGCACAAAGCUGCUGAACAGAUGUGAUGAUGAGGCUUCUUACUCUGGCCGAUCUGCUUUCCUGUGACCUGAUCACAAUGAGAUCUCCUCCAAUCAGCAUCAACAAUCCGCUGAUCAAUACACGUCUGGGGAAACCUUGCAUUUAUUUCCUCUAAUAAUUGAGUGAGAGUCGAGGUGUAUCUUCAUCAGAGCUUCUAAUAUAUUGAUCUUUAAUUAGUUUCUGAAACAUCUGUGGGUCUGGAAUCAGAAUGUUGAAAAGUUGUACUAUUGAUCUAUUAAUUGAUUAUCAAAAGACUGAUACUUAAUGAUCUAAGCUCUUUUGAUUCAGUAUGUUUCAUAUUGAUCACCGGCGGCAACUUUGAGUCCGUCAGGUUUUAAAUUUCUGUUAUUCUGACAAAAUGUUGUUGAUCAGCAGACAUUUAAUCAAUAAUGAUCAGCAUGUUUCACAAUCCAUGUUGUGAUCUGAUCCCGACAGGAGGAGAUUGAGUGGUGCCUGAGAGCAAUAGCCUUGUUGAGGGGGGGGGGAUUUAACCAUAGCCUUUAUUUCUCUUGUUUCCUGUGAUGCUGCCAGACAUCUACUUCCUGUCUAGACUGUUGGCUGCAUUACACUUUUCUGACUGAUUGUUUCACAAAUGGCUUCAACGGGGAGAUAUGAAUAACGUCUUUUCUAUCGAUACGAUUCUUAAUAGAUGCAUUAUUAUUUUAAAGCUCAUAUAAAAUGUGUAACGCGUUUUAAUCUUUCCAAACGAAUAGUCUUGUGGUUUUUAAUCAGUAUGUUCUACCCUGAGCUGAGUCUUGCAGGCAGACAUAGCCGUCUUGUACCUGAAGGUUUGGAUUGGCGAAGCUUGUCACAUGUCAACACCAACUGGAAGACUCCGUUCCGAGCAUAAAGCACAUCUUAACAUCUACCGGACUCAAGUUAGCAUGUAACCCAGAAUGCAUCUGGGCGAGCAUGCCGCAGUCUGUGAGGUCACACGACUCUGCAGUGAUUGGUGCUUUUUGUUGGAGCUCAUACAGGUCUGUGAAGCUUGUAUGAGGGUCUGAUAUAUUAUAUUUCUUUACAAUAAUAAAACAUGAAAUAAAUCUG